AUGGGAUGUCAAGUGGGAAGAGAGAGAGAUGAGGAUAUUAGUAAAGGGGCUGCUAUUGGUGGUUUCCAAAACGAGAGUGGUCCAUGCAAGGUUGGACAUAAAAAAUUUCCAAUUGCAAUGUCCACUCACCAAAACGAACAUGGUUUAUUCACUCGAAACCAUAAGAAGCAAGUGUUACUUCCAGCAUCGCCUGUUCCCACCAUACUAUCAUUAGCUCACGACGAAACAGGGCACCAAGGAGCAGAUAAAAUGCUUGCAAGAAUUGAAACUCAUUACUGGUGGCCAAAUUCUAUGCUGCUACUCUUGCCCAGGGACACCGAAAUGCACCAAUUCAUCAACGACCAAGAGAAAAGAAACCAUUUGCAUUGA